CUUGCACUCCGGCUAGCAACCCCGUGGACCACCUGAGUCUGGAGAGUAUUUUUAAAGCACGUGAGAACACAUCACCGCUCGCGCGGAGCUCGUCUCUUCCAAAGCUUCUAAAGCUAUUCACUUCUGUUGGGUUGUACGCGUGGUCUCGUCGAGUUUUUGAGAACGGUACAGACUGCACUUGUCUUUACUGGACCUUGGACUCUCGCUCGGGCGGAUAGAGAGACGGAUCUCCACCGGGAUCUCCUCGCACCACGACUACACCUGGAGCAUCCGAUUGACUCGAGUAGAACACAGAGGAGAGUCCUGUGGAGUCUGUUCUUCAUUCACCCAGCGAGAGACAACUGAGUUUAGACUCGGUUUAAACUCAUAUGAACACAUCUUCGGUAACUCUGACCAGCAACAUGUGCCACAUUAAAAGGUUAUGAGUGCACUAACAGCUUGGUGAUCCACAUACUCAGACAACCAAUGAGAGGAUGGCCAGAGAUUAUAUGAUCUACAGAAGAACCUAUCAGCCGGUGCUACUGAUUUUAUUGGGUGUACUCCAGCUGACGCAUACACAAACCCCUCCUCAGUUCACUCGGACACCCACUGAUCAGACAGGUGUGCAGGGGGGCGUGGCCUCCUUCGUAUGUCAGGCCACAGGAGAUCCACAACCCAAAGUCUCAUGGAGUAGAAAAGGCAAAAAAGUCAUCAACCAGAGAUUUGAGGUGAUAGAGUUUGAGGAUGGCUCAGGGUCUGUGUUGCGAGUGCAGCCGCUGCGGACCCCUCGAGAUGAGGCGAUGUAUGAAUGUGUCGCAUCUAAUGAAGCGGGAGAAAUCAGCGCAUCCACACGUCUUACUGUUCUCCGCGAGGACCAGCUCCCCACUGGUUUCCCUUCUAUAGAUAUGGGUCCUCAGCUGAAGGUGGUGGAGCGUUCUCUCACUGCUACCAUGCUGUGUGCAGCCAGCGGAACACCUGACCCAGAGAUCACCUGGUUUAAAGAUUUCCUCCCUAUAGAUACACACACUCACGGGCGGAUCAAACAACUACGCUCAGAGUCCUUUGGGGGUACUCCUAUCCGAGGUGCACUUCAGAUUGAUCAGAGUAAAGAAACUGAUCAGGGUAAAUACGAGUGUGUCGCAACCAACAGUGAAGGAACGCGCUACUCAACACCAGCUAACCUUUAUGUCAGAGAGCUGAGAGAUGUGCGUCGCAUCCCUCCUCGCUUCUCAGUGCCACCGAUGGAUUAUGAGAUCAUGCCGGGAGGCAGUGUGAAUAUCUCUUGUCAGGCAGUGGGCGUUCCCAUGCCAUAUGUCAAAUGGAUGCUGGGAGCCGAGGAUUUGACACCAGAAGAUGACAUGCCUAUUGGGCGGAAUGUUCUGGAACUCACAGAUGUACGCCAGUCUGCCAACUAUACCUGUGUGGCCAUGUCUACACUGGGAGUUAUAGAAACUGUUGCCCAGAUCACAGUUAAAGCCCUUCCCAAUCCUCCAGGAACUCCAGUUGUAAUGGAGCGAUCUGCCACCAGCAUUACUCUCAUGUGGGACAGUGGGAAUCCACUUCCUGUUUCCUAUUACAUCAUCCAAUAUCGUCCCACCUCCUCCAGCGACGUCUUUAAAGAAAUUGAUGCCAUAGCAACAACUCGUUACAGUGUGGGUGGACUCAGCCCCUACUCACACUACCAUUUCCGGGUCGUGGCAGUGAAUUCUAUUGGUCGUGGCCCACCAAGCCAGACGGUCGAAGCCCGUACAGCCGAACAGGCACCUAGUUCCCCUCCUCGCCGUGUCAGAGGUCGUAUGCUGAGCGGUUCCACAGCAAUGGUGCAAUGGGAGGAGCCAGAGGAAGCCAACGGUCAGGUGGUUGGAUACAGGGUAUAUUACACAUCGGAUCCAUCACUUCCUGUGAGCCAAUGGGACAAGGAAAUGGUUCGCGGGGCAAAUUUUUUGAACAUACGGGACCUGACACCCAACAAAACCUAUUAUAUUAGAGUGCUUUCCUUUACUGCCGUGGGAGAUGGACCUCUCUCCAGCGACCUGCACAUCAUUGCAAAGACAGGAGUCCCAUCCCAGCCCACUGAACUGAAGGCAGAGUUGAAAUCAGAGACAAGUAUUUUUCUGUCGUGGAUCCCUCCAGCUCAUAGUGGCACAGAUGCCAUCACUGGCUAUGAGCUCAUAUACAGGCUUGGAGACCAGCCAGAGCAGAAAUUAACAUUUGAUCCAAGCUCCAGUUAUCUGUUGAAGAAUCUGAAGCCGUUUUCCACCUACAUAUUCCAACUAGCAGCACGUAGUAAACACGGCCUGGGGGCAUUCACAAGUGAAAUCACUGUUCAGACUCCACAAACACUGUUUGCAGUGAACUUCAAAGUAAAAGCUGCUAUGAAGAACUCAGUGCUUCUGACCUGGGAGUCACGCACUGCCAGUAAUAAAGCACAGUCACUCAUUAUCUCAUAUGGAGAUGGUGAGAGUGUGGAGGUGGAUGGGCGGCUUGGCCAGAAGUUGGUCACUAAGCUAAAGCCUCAUUCUCUCUACACCUUCCUGUUAACCAGUAAAGCUGACAGUACUGGAGGCCUGCAGCACCGUGCGGGCGCCAUGACAGCUCCAAACCUGCUGACCAAGAAACCUCAGCUGCUGGACAAGACCAGCACCCAGAGCAUUGCUACACUGCAGCUGCCCGCUGUCCAGGGACAGGCUAAUGUCAGGGGUUUCUACAUUGUGGUUGUUCCUCUUAAGAGGCAGCGAGGAGGAAACUUCCAGAAUUUAUGGAGUGAUCCAGAUGAGAUGAACAUUGAUGAGUUGCUGAGAGAGAUUAAUGGCACCGGUCACUCUGUGCGUUUGCGGAGGCAAGCAGAGGCAAAACCAUACAUCAGUGCUCAUUUCCAGAAUCUCCCAGCUGAGUUUAAACUAGGAGAUGGACGUGUGUAUGGAGCAUUCCUGAACCGACCGCUUCUUAAUGGACAGGAGUAUGUCUGCUUCGUACUGGCUAUUCUUGAACUGGGCCAGAAUACCGUGUAUUCCACGAGUCCAUUCUCUGAUGCCGUGCUGUUCUCUGACGUUGAGCCACAGCCAAUCGUAGACGAGGAGGAGGGGCUUCUAUGGGUGGUGGGGCCAGUGCUGGCCGUCAUCUUCAUCAUCAGCAUAGUCAUCCUCAUUCUUCUCUUUAAGAGCAAACCAGACAGGAAGCGGGCAGAGCUGGAGGGCACGAAGUGCAGUUUUCCCAGCAGCGGUAAAGCCAUGAGUUCCCAGCAUCCAUCUGACCCAGUGGAGCUGCGUAGAAUCAACUUCCCAACGGCUGGUUUUCGUGCAUCUAUCAUCGGUUAUCGUCGGUUAUCAAGCAUGACCAGCCACCCUCCAGUAUCCAUCUCAGAACUGCCAGGCCACAUAGAGAGGAUGAAAGCCAAUGACAACCUAAGGUUCUCUCAAGAGUAUGAGUCUAUUGAUCCAGGGCAGCAGUUCUCAUGGGAACAUUCUAACCUUGAGAUUAACAAGCCAAAGAACAGAUACGCCAAUGUCAUCGCCUACGAUCACACCAGAGUAUCACUCUCCAACAAUGACGGUGUUCCUGGUGGUGACUACAUCAAUGCCAACUUCAUAGAUGGGUACCGCAGACAGGGUGCAUACAUUGCCACCCAGGGCCCCAUGCCAGACACGUUCAGUGACUUCUGGAGGAUGGUCUGGGAGCAGAACUCAGCAAAUAUCAUCAUGAUCACCAAACUUGAGGAGAAAUCCAGGAAUAAGUGUGAUCAGUACUGGCCCAGCAGAGGCACAGAGACAUACGGACUCACGCAGGUCUCUUUACUGGACACAGUGGAGCUCGCAACCUACUGCGUUAGGACUUUUGCUCUCUUUAAGAGUGGGAGUGGAGAGAAAAGAGAGGUUCGUCAGUUCCAGUUCACUGCAUGGCCAGAUCAGGGGGUACCUGAACAUCCCACUCCCUUCCUGGCCUUCCUGAGACGGGUCAAAGCCUGCAACCCCCCUGAUGCCGGACCCAUUGUGGUCCACUGCAGUGCUGGUGUGGGUCGCACAGGCUGCUUCAUUGUGAUUGAUGCCAUGCUGGAGCGUUUGAAGCAGGAGAAGACGAUAGAUGUUUAUGGUCAUGUGAACCUGAUGCGAUCUCAGCGAAAUUACAUGGUACAGACAGAGGAGCAGUAUGUAUUUAUUUAUGAAGCGCUGCUGGAGGCUGUUUCCUGCGGCAACACCGAGGUGCCAGCGCGGAACCUUUAUGCAUACAUCCAGAGAUUAACUCAGACGGAGCCGCCAGAGCACAUCAGCGGAAUGGAGCAGGAGUUUAAACGAUUAGCUAAUGCUAAAGCACAUAACUCCAGAUUCGUCAGUGCCAGCCUCCCGUGCAAUAAGUUCAAAAACCGACUGGUCAAUAUCAUGCCAUACGAAACCACACGCGUGUGUCUGCAGCCAAUCAGAGGAGUGGAGGGCUCAGACUAUGUGAAUGGCAGUUUUAUAGAUGGCUACAGGCAGCAGAGUGCGUAUAUUGCAACUCAGGGGCCAUUGGCUGAGACAGUUGAAGAUUACUGGAGGAUGCUUUGGGAACACAAUUCUACUAUAGUAGUUAUGCUUACGAAACUCAGAGAAAUGGGAAGGGAGAAAUGUCAUCAGUACUGGCCAUCUGACAGGUCAGCACGCUAUCAGUACUUUGUGGUGGAUCCCAUGGCAGAGUACAACAUGCCACAGUAUAUUCUGAGAGAAUUUAAAGUCACGGAUGCAAGGGACGGCCAAUCCAGAACAGUCCGGCAGUUUCAGUUCACUGAUUGGCCCGAGCAGGGCGUGCCAAAGUCUGGUGAGGGCUUCAUCGAUUUCAUUGGUCAAGUGCACAAAACAAAAGAGCAGUUUGGUCAGGAUGGUCCAAUCACAGUACACUGCAGCGCUGGUGUUGGGAGGACAGGUGUAUUUAUCACUCUGAGUAUAGUUUUGGAGAGGAUGCGUUAUGAGGGAGUAGUCGACAUCUUCCAAACGGUCAAAAUGUUGCGUACUCAAAGACCAGCCAUGGUGCAGACAGAGGAGCAGUACCAGUUCUGCUAUCGAGCAGCGCUGGAGUACCUGGGCAGUUUUGAUCACUAUGCAACAUAAAAUCUUGCCCUGGACCAAGAGACACAUCCUCACCCCCUGAGACCUGCGUCUGAUCAAUCUGACAGCCUCUUUCUGUUGCCCACACUUCCAGAGUCUGUUUCAUUUCUCCAGACAGCACACAAUUUAUGAGUCAAGACAGGGAGGGCAACUGGGACACAGAAUUGUCACAAUAAAUUGUGGCUCCGGUCAAAUAGUUGCAAAUUGUCAAGAAAUAUUUGAGGUGGAAUAAAGGUCCUCUUGCAUUACAACUAAUCGGUCAACAGAUCCCAAUGAAACAGCAUGAACUGAACCAUGUGUUGUCUGGAUUGAUUCAACCGACCAGUGCGAUUCACAGGGAGGAGGCAACAAUCAAACUGUUUGAUUGUACUUGUUAAUUGUCAUCAUUUCUUUAACAGCAAACCCCACCCAAAACACAAUAAUGUUUAUUUUGGGAUGCAGUCCAAGUUUAAAUUGAACGUUUCCACUGUUUUUUGUGACCAGUUGUAUAGUGGAUCUACCAACUCACUUGUUUAAGUGAAGAAAAUUACUUAUAAGAUGGAGCAUCACUCUAAGUAUUGGUGCUUUUGCCAAACAGUAUCCUGUUUGAUAUCUGUUGCACACACACAGACAGAUAUACACGUACAUUUCUAUCACAGAUUAGCAGAACCUGAAAAUGGAGAUUAGUCUCAAAAACUGUGCAAUAUUGAAAUAUUUUUAAACCACUCAAGUAUUAGAAAUAUUCUCACUGUAAUUAUAUUGUCUCAUUAAUCCUAUAAAGUAUAUAAAAUAUAAAACAAAAUAUUAUUAUUAGCACAAAUAUGAAUAUAGUAUAUAUAUAUAUAUAUAUAUAUAUAUAUAUAUAUAUAUAUAUUAUACUAUGUACUAUGUGAGUGAAGUACUUGUCAGUGCACAUAAGUUAAGAAAAAGUACUGAUAGCAGUAGUUAACAUAAGAUUUUUCUUUUCUGCUACUAAACAUUGUUACCAAAACAAGAACUAUCAAAUGUUAAGCCUAAAUAGUAUCAAAUUCCUUCUAAAAAUGAGGUGACAUGUUCAAAACAAUAACACAAAGGAUCAUUUAACACUGGUAGUGCCUUAUCAUAGUCACAUGUUCACUAUAAAAGUUAUAUGUUCCACAUAAAUGAACAUGAACCUACUUUAACGUAAUAUAUAUAUAUAUAUAUAUAUAUUUAAUAAAACUUUGUUAAAUAUAAUUACAUCUGACAGAAUACAUUUUUAAAUAAUAUUUCAUAUAUUUCACACCAAUUCUAAGCAUCAGGGCAGAUUUACCGAGUACUAUCAAGACUGCUACAAAAUAUUAUUUAAAGCCAAUAUGUGUCCAUUUUUGAUAGGACACAAAGUAUAUUGUAUCGAGUAUAUUGGGCCAAGAGAACUUCACAUUCUAUUACAUAUACAGGCCUAUAUCAUUAUUAUUAUACCAUACCUUAUUUGCAUUUGAAAUUAUGAUUCAAUAUAGAACAGUCCAAUGCUGCAGGCAACUCUCAUUUGUAACAAUGUCUACAUUCUUGUUUUUCAGGGAGUGUAUGACAUUUAAACUCUUUAAACACUCUCAAUGUGAAGGCUAUGUGGGCAUCUUCACAUAUAUGUUAAUGUCAUUCAAAUUUGUUUAAUGUUUCAUGUUAACGAGAGCAGAUUCUAGGUACUAUAAAGUUUAUUUCACAAAGCUCUCAGGUUACAGAGCUAAAUAAUUCAAACUUGAUUGAAAAAAAAAAAAAACUACAAUUGAGCAAUUUUCACUGUAGUUUGGCAAUAAACACUGAUUCCCAGUACUUGAUUCAGAAAAGUCAAUGCAUGGCAAAUUAGACCUAUAACUUCGGCAACUAACCUAAAUACAUAGAUAUCAAAAAUUCCCCUGUUGUGUCUGUAUCAUUAUCAUCGACCAUUUUUUUUUUUUUUGGAAAUGACUGCACUCUUGUUCUAUGCACUUAAUAUUUCUUCAACAGAAUGUUAUUCGUAUUGAAUGAGAUCAAUUUCACAGUGUUGCUCACAGUGUGCAUGUUAAAGAGACAAAUACGUUUGGUUUCAAAGCUUGAAAAGAAAAUAUGCGCAUAGUGUUAUUGUUGAAUACUUCACAGAUGACAGGACAGUAUAUAGUGAGUGGUUUUCCUGCUAGUCCAGUGUUAAGAGUAAUCAUCAUUCAAAAAGGAUAUCUCAGCAUUCCUAAGGAAGCCUGGUCACUGCGAAUUCAGCUCAUUUCAGUUUCACUGUAACGCAACGUUUUGGCACCUUAUAAGGUUCCAUUACUUUCUUUGCAACAUCAUUGUCCCUGUGAGCCAUUUUGUUGUCUUUUUUUUUUUUUAAGUAUAUCUUGCAAAUAUCUUACACUAGCUACCUUCUCCAUAAUGUUAUACAUUAGACAGCAUAUUAAUAUCAUGACCAAGUUUCAGGGUUUUUCAAAUUUCAACUUUUGAUUGAAAACUAGUUCUAGCUAUGCUUAAUUUUUUCAAGAGAACAUCAAUUAGUGUUGUUUAAUGGAUCCUUCUCUGCUAAUCUCAGCAUCAGUUCAUGUUUUAAAAAGUGCAUAUAUUUUCCAGUGCAUGAUUGUCCCUGUUUGUACGAUGCAAAAGCACACAUUUUGAUGAAUCAUGACAACCAACAUUGUUUCAUGUGAAAAUAAAAUAGCACAAUCUAUAUCAUGUAAUCUGACCAAAUAUGCAUAGUAUCACAAUUUUCGUACUGUCAAAUGUCGCUGUAAGAGGUUUUGCAAUUUCACCCAUCAGUUAAUGUGAAACACAAAAGGGAAAUCUUUUACCUCUGAUUUUAUAGUAAAUGUAAAUAUUUCAGAGGAUGUUUUCUUUUUUUAAUUUUCCUACGUUAUGUUGUGAGGACAGAUGUGUGAGAAUACAAUUGUAUUCAUGGAAAAGUUUUAUUUGUUACAAAUAAAAUGGUAAGAGUA